AUGGAAGGGAAAACAGAAUUUGACAAACUCAUGCGCGAAGCUGUGGCUUUAAAAACAGCCCAGCUCAGUAAAGCUCGUACAAAUUUUGAUAGCUGGCCACAAUUCCAUCAAGCAGGGCUUUAUUAUUCAGACUCUUUCAAAAGCAUCAGAGAUUCAAGCACAAACGCAAAAAUUGCAGCAUUUGAGCAGAAGAAAAAUGAAGGGACAGAGCUAUUUAAACAAGAAGAGUUCCAAAAAGCUUUAUUUAAGUAUGAAGAAGCCUUGACUGUGUUUAGAUGGGUAGAUAACAAAAAUAAAAAUUGGAAAAAUAGCGGAAUCGAAGACUCAGAUCUAACAGUACACAAUGAAGAGCCUAACGAAGAAGCUAAACAGUGUGUGAUUGCAAUUUAUCUUAAUAUUGCACUAUGCAAUAUAAAACUCGAGAUAUGAAAAGAAGCAGUCAGAGCUUGUGACGAAGUAUUAAAAAUUGACCCAAAAAAUACAAAAGCUCUUUAUAGGAAGGCACAAGCCAUGACAAUGCCGGCAAGCUCUGGAAUAAAUGACUAUCAAGACGCCUUGAAAUUGCUAAAAGAAGCAGCUUUAAUUGAUCCUAAAAAUGCAGCAAUACGACAAAAGAUCACAGAAUUUAAAGAUUUUAUUAAAGACCAAACUGAGAAAUCCAAAAAGACCUUUAAUUCGUUUUUUAAAAAACCAACAUAUGAUGAUGCAGCACCACAACCAAAACAAAACUCUGCAGCUGAAGUUGAAGAUAUGAUUCAGAAAGGAGAAAUUAUGGUAAAAGAUCUCUUAUCAAAUGGACAACAAACUGAAGCAAAAAAUUUGAAAAAAAAAAUAAACAAGAUGAAAAAAUAUAGAAGAGAUGCAAAAAAAGCAAUAAUGGAUUUUGAAAAUCCAAGCAAAGAAAUGCUUGAACAAGCAGAAAAAUUUGGAUUGGACUUAACAGACCCUCUUGUAAAAUCAGAGCUAAAAAGACUUAAAGAGCAAGGGAUUCAACCAUUACCAAAUACUCCAAGAAAACCAAAAGAAGCAUGGAGUGGAUGGUUUUGGAUUUUGGUGAUAUUUGUAUCGGCUCUGAUAUUAAUGUCUUAUUUAUAUGAGAGUAGCUAUGAUAAUUUAUACAAUUCUUAA